AUGAUGUCAUCAGUUGGCGCCUAAAUCUAAUGGAAGGAGUUCAGCUGUCAAAAUGUGCAACGCUACUGUACACGUGGGGAGCCAACAGUUAUGGUCAGCUCGGGCGGGGAAACACAGAAGAUCAAGCCGAGCCGAGGCGCGCCGAAAGCGGACUGCAGGAGGAGCAGAUCCGCGCUGUGACCGGAGGAGGCGGACAUUCGGCUCUCAUCACUGAUUCAGGCAAGCUGCUGAUGUGUGGACAGAAUCACAAGGGUCAGCUAGGGCUCGGUCACACGACAGAGGUCAUGACCUUUCAGACCUGCCCCUUACCUGGGUUUGGAAGAGUUCAGCAGGUGUCCUGUGGCUGGGACUUUUCUAUUAUCCUGACAGGCGAUGGUCUGGUCUUGGUUUGCGGCUCUAAUGCAUUCGGUCAGCUGGGCCUCUCAGUGGAGAAAACACACUCAGCAGAGCCUUUACUCUUGAAGAGCUUCAAUGAGCCGGUUACUAGUGUGGCUGCAGGACUCAGACAUGCUUUAGCCAGCACAGCAUCAGGCUGUGUUUAUCAAUGGGGAACGGGUCUGUCUAGUCACGCUAAGAGAAUGUUGAAUCCCCAGCCUGUUCCUGCACAUCUUUCCUCAAAGGAGCCCUGCCUCGUCCCAGGCUUUGGUCAUGUGACCACACAGAAGGUCAUUGCAGGCUCCGCCCACUGCGCUUGUUUGACAGUGAACGGUGAUGUGUUCCUCUGGGGCAGCAAUAAACACAGUCAGCUGGUCAGCGAGAGCCUCUUCCUGCCUCUUCCUGUGGCUCUGGAUCGGUCAAUGCUGCGGGACGAGAGGGUGAGCGAUGUUCACAGCGGCUGGACGCACCUCGUUGCAAAAACCGAGAGUGGGCGAGUCUUUACAUGGGGCAGAUCCAAUUAUGGACAGCUCGGACAGACCAAUCAGAGCACAGAAAAACAGUCAUGUGAUGAGCACCCUAUCAGAUGCCCUGUUGAAGUUAAAGCUUUAUUUGGAGCCACACAGAUUUCAUGUGGAUCUGAACACAACCUGGCGGUUGUUGGGGGUCGGAUCUUCUCCUGGGGCUGGAAUGAACAUGGAAUGUGUGGCGACGGUUCCCUUUAUGACAUCACGCAACCUCAGCCAAUCCCUGCUCUUGCCGAUGCUGCGGCUCUUCUGAUUGGCUGUGGCGCAGGGCAUUCAAUGGCACUGUGCAGUUUGAAGAGCAGUGAAGACUCAGCAAGAUGAGCAGGUCUAACUUUCACCUUCCUGACUGUCACAGAAACUGUCAGCUUACACAACCAUUUGAUGAAUUAUUCACAAAGGCACAUUUAAAAGGCCAGAUUUCAGAUCAAAAUCGCAAACGAACACAUUAAGAAGGUUUAAAAUAUGCAUCAUCGUGCUAAAAAUAUUUUUGUUUAGACCGACUUCAUGUCUUAAAUUAGAUUAUUUAUUUAUUUUCGGCAGCUUAUUGUACAUUUUAGUAUGUUAAGACAAGACACUGCUGGUAAAUAGGGUAAAAAUACUAAUUAAAUGAACAAAUAAAUGAAUGGUUAUCACAAUAA